AUGGCCAUCCUCGGAGACACGAUGCGACACCUCGCAGGCCUUUCUGUUUUUGUCGCUGCAUUCUCUGUAUACCGUGCCUAUACAGAUAGCGAUGCGGCAAGCGGUUUGAAGAGUGAUGGAGUCCCAGUGUGUUCCGAAGGGAAGGAGGUGGGCCUCACACUGUCAUUCGAUAGACCGGCAGCAGCAUUUAGUUGCGACAAGUCUCUCAGGCAGAUUAUACCUCCUCUGCCUCCCGAUAUUGGAACGCCUGGGAAAUUCUUCGAGGGUUUUGCAGAUGAAGAAGGUAUAAUGGCAGCUCGAUUCCCUUCCCCUAACUUCGCGAUUUUUAGGGGCACCAAGAACGGCGAGUACAUCCUAGAAGCAGGCUCACUCCCGCCCGUUGGCGGCACGUGGUACCUUUUCUGUGUGCCCACUGACUCUGAUCAGGGUGCCGGGCCUGUCACGGCAACCAAACGGUGUCGUGUGGCGGUGAACAUCAAGGGUACAGCUCCGAUCCACCAGCAGUGCACAACGGUAGGAGGGACCGUUCAUCUUCGGAUUCACGCCGCAGGUUACGCGGUCACAUUCGGAUGCGGCUAUAAUUUCCCAAACCUCGACCCACCUUUGCCCAGCACUGAGGUGUACCUUGGCCGCGACUGCGCCGUUAAACAAAAAUUGACCGCGGUGGUUGCUGACGCGGAGGUGGCGGAAACCCCCACAGAACAACUCUAUACUCUGAUGGUGCCGUACCUUCCGCCAUCUGAUCAGCUUUUGUGCUAUAAGUGUGCGAACGGGUCGAAGGCACAGUGCACAGCUUUCAUUGAAGUUCCGGGGUCACCUGUCCCGAUCACCACAUCCACCACGACAUGCAGUACCACUUCUGGGGCUCCGCCAGUCCCCCUACAACCAUUCUUGUACUUCGUAGUUGCAGCUCUAGCUUUUAUCUAG